GAGGGGGAAAGGGAGGAGGAGGAGGAGGGGGAAAGGGAGGAGGAGGAGGAGGGGGAAAGGGAGGAGGAGGAGGAGGGGGAAAGGGAGGAGGAGGAGGAGGGGGAAAGGGAGGAGGAGGAGGAGGGGGAAAGGGAGGAGGAGGAGGAGGGGGAAAGGGAGGAGGAAGAGGAGGAGAAAGGGGAGGAGGAGGAGGAGGAGGGAGAAAGGGAGGAGGAGGAGGAGGGGGAAAGGGAGGAGGAAGAAAGGGAGGGGGAGGAGGAGGAAAGGGAGGGGGAGGAGGAGGAAAGGGAGGGGGAGGAGGAGGAAAGGGAGGGGGAGGAGGAGGAAAGGGAGGGGGAGGAGGAGGAAAGGGAGGGGGAGGAGGAGGAAAGGGAGGGGGAGGAGGAGGAAAGGGAGGGGGAGGAGGAGGAAAGGGAGGGGGAGGAGGAGGAAAGGGAGGGGGAGGAGGAGGAAAGGGAGGGGGAGGAGGAAGAAAGGGAGGGGGAGGAGGAAGAAAGGGAGGGGGAGGAGGAAGAAAGGGAGGGGGAGGAGGAAGAAAGGGAGGGGGAGGAGGAAAGGGAGGAGGAGGAAAGGGAGGAGGAGGGGGAGGGAGAGACAACAACAAUGGGGACAGAUGAAGGCCAAGAGGAGCAUUUGGAGACAAUGGAGGUGGCUCAAGAGGCCUCUGGGGACAGCUGA